ACAGACUCAGUGGUAGUGUCAGUGCUGUAUAUAGGAAAAGCCUGCAGUUAUGACUACUGAUGCUGCGUGCCUAUAUUAUCCUUCCCUGUGGUGCUGAAGCUCUGCUGACAAUUUCCAUGCACUGAAGGAAGCCGAAUCCCAGCUCCUCAGCGAGAAAAGACAAAUUAUUGUGUCUGCGAUACUGGAGAGCAGAAUUCCUGGCAGAGAGUUCAUUUAGCAGAGGGAAGACAUGAAGAUGCAUUCACCAUGGGCUCGAUUUUAUUCCAACAGCUGUUGCCUGUGUUGUCAUGUCCGCACCGGAACAAUUAUCCUCGGCGUGUGGUACCUGAUAAUAAAUUCAGUGGUCCUUCUCAUCCUGUUGAGCGCCCUUGCUGACCCAGACCUGUACCACCUUCCGAGCAAUGAACUGAGAAAUGAGUUUGACUUCAUGGAUGAUGCCAAUAUGUGCAUCGCUACUUCUAUCUCCCUCCUAAUGAUUCUAAUCUGUGCGAUGGCCACAUAUGGUGCCUACAAGCAACAUGCUGCUUGGAUUAUCCCAUUCUUUUGCUACCAAAUAUUUGACUUUGCCCUCAACUCCCUGGUUGCAGUCAGCGUGCUGGUCUACCCCAACACAAUUCAGGAAUAUCUGAGACAACUGCCAUCCAAUUUUCCAUACAAGGAAGAGAUCCUGUCAGUGAAUCCCACGUGUCUUGUUGUUAUCAUUCUUUUCUUCAUCAGUGUCAUCCUGGCUUUUAAGGCUUACCUGAUCAGCUGCGUGUGGAACUGCUACCGGUACAUCAACAACCGCAAUUCAUCCGAUGUCCUGGUCUAUGUAACCACCAAUGAUACAACGGUUCUUCUACCUCACUAUGAAGACAGCGGGAGUGGGGCGGCUAAAGAGGCACCUCCCCCUUACGUGUCAGCCUGAUGAAUCAUACGUCACUCAGCAUCAGAAUGAAUCUUCAAGCAGCAGCUUUAUACAUGGCCGAGGCACUGGGGCAAUAGUACAUAUAACUCACAGGUUUAUACCCUACUGAACAGCAGCACUACCAAAUAUCUUGUUAGUUAGCAUCAUAUAGGGCGGCUGCACUAAGUUCCGCUCACAAGUAAGACAAAUUGAUCUUUUGUAAGUCAGCGGCCUUGAGUGCCGGGUCAAGUUGUCAGAAUCAUUAGAGGAGCCCAGUGCAUUUCACCCAGUAUGUUCCCUUGGCUUUGUUUUGUGAAACUUCUUGAAACGUGUGUAUUUGCAAAGUGUUUAGUGCGAUCUACAUACCUUGACCUAAUGAUUAUACCCCAAACAGCACUUAACCUGAUCUCUCUGCUUUUUAAUAGAGGAAUGAUGCAUUAAAUUAAUGUUGAUACUGUAAAUACAGUAGCUCAAAGUCCUCUCUGUUGUAAUUCACUUUAACAAAGUCUUCUGAACAAUAUUUAGACAAUGUGUAGCUCUAGAACAUUGUAUAGUGUAACUAGGAUUCUAAUAAUGAAUUAAGGUGCAUGACUCUUUGUAGUGUAAACAUUCGUAAAAUAUACUCUUUAAUAGUAUUGGUAUUUUAUCUCACAAAAUAUACUGUACCUGUGGGCGUUAUGGCGUCAUUUAAAUUAACGUUGCAAGCUUAAGUGGGAAAUUGCAUGUUCCACUGAUAAAAAUAAAAAUAAAUCUAACUUCUCUGCAUGUUCUUUGAGUAAGGAGACCCAAACAAAAUAAUACUGGACAAAUAGUAUAAUUAUUGCCGAUUAAAUUUAGGCCACUUUAUUAUUGGGAAAUGCAUAUUUCUAAAGUUAUACAAAUAUAUGUAUAGCGUGUAUGUUACAGUAUAGAAUAUGUGAAUAGUCUUCUAGUGUCACUGUUGCUAUUAUUCUCAGUGAACUUAUUAUGUUUCUGUAUUUUUUAUGGAAUUAGUGUCAUCAACUCGUUAUUUAUUGUCACACAGUAUAUAUUUUGUUUCGUACACUCAGCUGUAUGGCUAUACCAAAAUAUUGGCAAUGUACAUUAUUUACCCCAGAAAUGACGUAAUAUUAUUACACUUUAUUGUAAAUAAGCCAGAUUUUAUUUUAUAGAUAUUAUUUGUAUAUUUGCCACAUAUAUAUUUUAAAUUAGUAACAAAUCAUCAUGAAAUGUUUAAUAUUUAUUUACAAACAAAUAAUCAAAGUAUAUAAAUUAUUCACUUGUGGAAUAAAGAUAUUAAUAAUAACACAUAUUAUUGCACUGUUUGCACAAACAUAAUGAACACAUUUAGUAAUAAAUUUCAUCCUUUGAGAAAAUAAAGGAAAAUGUAACCUAAUAUUAUUUUGAUACUAGUAUUUUAGACCUGUGAAUUGUCACGUCACUAGCUAUUGUGCAGUGUUUUUCUUCUCUUACACCACCUUUCCAACUCUCUCCACCUGUUCAUCCCAUCUCCCCUAUUCUUAACCCCUAUUUUUCCCGUAUCCCCAUAUUCUCUCCACUAUUCCUCCCAUCUCUUCCUAUUCUUCUCCCUAUUCUUCCCAUCUCCCUGUACUCCUCCUGUCUCCCUAUUUUCUUCACCCUAUUCACUUCUCUCCCCUUACUCUUUCCCCUAUUUUUUCCCUCCUCCCCUAUUCUUGUCCCUAUUCCUCCCAUCGCUUCCUGUUCUCCACAUUCCUCCUGUCUCCCCUUAUUCUUCCCCCUAUUCCUCCCGUCUCCCUCCUGUUCUUCCCCUAUUCCUCCCAUCUCCCUCCUGUUUUCCCCCCUAUUCCUCUCGUCUCUCAUUUUUUUUUUACCCUAUUUUUCUCAUCUCCUUCCUAUUCUUCCCCAUAUUCCUCUUGAAUCCCCUUAUUUAUCCCACUAGUUUUCCCAUCUCCCCCUAUUCUCUCCCCUAUUCCAUCAAUCUUCUCCUAUUCUUCUCCAUAUUCUUCACAUCACCCUGUAAUCUUUCCCAUAUUCCUUCUUCUUCCCCUAUUCUAUCCCGUAUUCCUUCAUUUCCUGUUUCCCACUAUCAUUCCUAUUUCCUCUUAUUAAUUUUUUUCCUAUUCCUACCUAUUCUUUCUUCUAAUCCUCCCAUCUCCCUCUAUUUAUCCAGCCUCCCUCUAUUCCUCCUGUCUUCCUAUUCUUGAAUCAUAUUCCUCACCCUUACCCCUCUUUGCUACUGUUCCUGUGCUUUCCCUUUCUCUAUACCCACUUUCCUUUCUGUGACUAUCCCCCUAUUGCCUCUUCUCUCUUCUCCUGUCCUAUUCCUUAUCUGGCAAUCUCCAUCACCCCGAUCACCUUCUUUCAGAGGGGAGAUUUAUCAAGGCUUGGAGAAAGAGAUAAAGUAGAGAAAAAAAAGUAAUAACCAAUCAGCUCCUAACUGCCAUGUUACAGGCUGUGUUUAAAAAAUGGCAGUUAGAAACUGAUUGGCUGGUACUUUAUCUCUCUCCAAGCUUUGAUAAGUCUCCCCCAGAGAAAGAGAUAACGUGGAGAAGUUGCUCUUCUUUUCGUUUAUACUCUUUUCUCUCUUCCCUGCUGUCUAUUGCUUCAGUUUUUGCUUUUUGUUGUUUUUUUACCCCUAUAUUGCUCAGGCCAAUAUACAGGUUGAGUAUCCCAUAUCCAAAUAUUCCGAAAUACGGAAUAUUCCGAAAUACGGACUUUUUUGAGUGAGAGUGAGAUAGUGAAACCUUUGUUUUUUGAUGGCUCAAUGUACACAAACUUUGUUUAAUACACAAAGUUAUUAAAAAUAUUGUAUUAAAUGUCCUUCAGGCUGUGUGUAUAAGGUGUAUAUGGAACAUAAAUGAAUUGUGUGAAUGUAGACACACUUUGUUUAAUGCACCAAGUUAUAAAAAAUAUUGGCUAAAAUGACCUUCAGGCUGUGUGUAUAAGGUGUAUAUGUAACAUAAAUGCAUUCUGUGCUUAGAUUUAGGUCCCAUCACCAUGAUAUCUCAUUAUGGAAUGCAAUUAUUCCAAAAUACGGAAAAAUCCCAUAUCCAAAAUACCUCUGGUCCCAAGCAUUUUGGAUAAGGGAGACUCAACCUGUACCAGUCUGGUGCAUAUAUAUCGUUUAUAUGGCUGUAUAUGGCUGAAAAAGAUAUUAACAAUGCUGGCCCUGGACUCUGUGCUGCUAUACCAGUCACAGGAGGAGCCAAUCCCCUGUAUUUCUCCUGGACCACAGAUUUCUGUAUGAAAAGGGUAGUAGAAAGGAGGGUGGAGGAAGUGGGGCAGGCACAGCAGCACCACAGCGGGCAGUGCAGCAUUACAGGGUGGCCGGACUGGAGGACAGGGUGAGGUGGGGUGUGCACAGACAGGCCCUUACACAGUGGGAGCUGUGGCAAUACAGGUGUGUCCAGCUAUUUCAGCGGUGUGCCUAGGAGAGUGUAUGGAAAUACUCAUAGUCAGGGAGUAUUGGGGUAGCUUCGGGCUGUACCCUGGCAGUAAUUGAGAGCUGUGAGGGGAGGGAGUGGCAUGGUCUCAACCAUUAUAUAGUACAGAUGUUAAACCUUGUAAUAUUUAAUAAAUUAAUUCUACAACUUUGACACAAUCCCCACUUCCAGCAUACUAGGAGUAACAGCUGCCUUGUUACAAACCUACCAACAUUUAUAAAGGGAAUUCUGAAAAAAAUAAGCCCCUCUCCUCCAUCCACAAACACCACUCCCACACAGGUCCCACCCCAUUCCACACCAUGACAUCCAUUUGCCUGGAAACUCUUUGCCCACUUUCCCACAAAGCCUAAUACACUUCCUUUUACAGGGCUUCCAGUUUAGGACUACCCUGCCUAAAUCAGGACAGUUGGGAAGUACAGUGUGUCAUUAUGUUCCGCUCCUAUUGUUAACAUUAUUACAUAACUUACAGUACAGGCUGGAGCUGCUGCAUGAGACACUGUGACUGGCGAUUACAUUUUUCUCCGGCCUGUUACUGCAUCUUUCACUAACUGCUGCUGGUGUCUUAUGGUCCGUUUGUUUAAAUGCUGGGGUCCUGUUUGGAAAAGGCAUAGAUACUAGGUACACCCUGGAAAGCUGAGCAAUGAGUGAACACUUUAAGUCCAUCUCCAGCCAGACCCCACCAUAAGUCAAUAGCAACCACAAUUAAUUAGGCUGCCUGCAACCAAACUAGUUAUUUUAAUGAAUCAAUAUGAUUAUUUUGUAUCUAUUUCCUUAAAGCUGCCCCCACAUUAAUUGGAAAGUCCAAGGAAAUUGCUGUGCUAUAUAAUUUGAGGUUUUUGUCCUAGUGCCACUUUAGAUGGUGUUUCAGAUCUAUGGGAACAUUUAAAACCCUGGUAAAGAAAUAAUCAAUGAUACUUUACUUUUGGUAAAAGUCAGUGGAAGUAAUGGAUUUAACCUUCAUACUUUGUAUAUGAACAUUUCCAAUAUGGGGAUUUAAGUGUCUUUAAAUAAAACACCUGCUCAGUGAUAACAGAUGCUAUCCUCACCAGUAACCAAUUGGCGUAACUAUAAUGGGUGCAAGGAUUGCCAUUGCUAUGGGGCCCAGGGGCUUAGGGGGACCUUGACCCGGGUUAGUAAGUUUCAUAUCAGUUUCCCAGAUACUGUAAACCUGCUAAGCAAUUGGGUCUGAUCCAUUGCCCAGCCUGAAUUGUGUGGCAUUAUAUUUUCAGUGAGAGGGGUGUGUAGUGGAAGUUAUAAUGGUAAGGGGGCACAGUAAUGUGGCAUAAUUUGAACUAGAGGCACCAUAGUGUGGCAUAAUAAGAACAGGGGGCACUGUAACGCUAUAACGUGGGAUAAUAUAAACUGGGGGCACUGUAUGCCAUAAUAUGAAUUGGGGGUACUGUGUGGCAUAAUGUGUGCUGGCAGCCCUACAAUGUGACAUCAUGUAGACUAGGGAACUAUGAUGGGUCAUAAAAUAAACUAGGACAUUACUAUGGUUCAGAAAAGGAACUUGAGCACUAAUAACUGCUGCGGUGAGGUGUCUCAAGAAGCAUUAGGACAGGGGCCCCUUCAAUAUGUUGCCAUGGGGCCUACAAAGUCUUGGUUACGCCUCUGCAGUAACUAGUGUAUAUAUAGUAUAAAAGCAGCUCCUGACACAUUUUUCUAAAAUCUAGGAGCCAGGAUGAAAGUGUAGGAGCCAGCACCCCCCCCCCCCUCCGAAACAAAACAAACGACUAGCUGAAACUUUCCAAACCCCCCACCCCCACUGCAGCCAUAUUACUGAGCAGCACCCCCCCCCCCCUCUAGGCAAACCAACCCCCACACAAACCCCCUGGCAUACCAGCCCUCUGCAUCCACACUGCAGUGCAGCUACCCCCUAGGCAAACAACAACCCUCCUCUCCUUCGCAGCCACAUUAAUGAGCAGCUAACCCCAUGGGCAACCAACCCCCACAGCCACACAUACAAGGGGGUACCUCCAGGCAAACAGCCACUCCAUGGCCUCCCCCCCCCGGGCAUACAAUCUCUCCUACCCUGUGGCUACAUCACUAACCCUCCGAAGCCGGAAAUCCCUAGCCACGCAUAGACCCCCUCAUUGGAGAUCUCUAUGUAGACGGAGGUUGGUGAUAAAGCUAACUAUUUAUCUUAUAACAUUCACUAUAAAUGGGUAAGAGACUCAGUACGCAAUUGGCGUAUGGGGUACCGUAAGGGUACGUACUUAGCAUAGCAGACGCUUAUCCGUGGUCGAGACGCACAUGCGACACGCUCGCUCACAGCUUAACGCUUGGUGACGAGCACGCUAUAGGCGGCCGACUACCGUAAUGCUACGCUACUAGCGUAGCGUACGCUCGUGACCACGAGGGGAACACGAGCAGCGCAGACGCUCACGGGAUGACACUCAGUAAACCUUGUAUGCAACACAGUGAAAGAUUGAGUUUGUACUGUAAACCUUACUACUGAAAUACUGUAGCGAUAUAACGCUGCUUAACCUUGUUAAUAUUAAAGCUGCUUGAGCAAUUGAGACGCUUCGAUUACCCUCUGCAAUGUAAUAAACACACAAUACCUUGCUAAGGUUCCAACACCUUUACUAACAAUAUCUAGCUAUGUAAAAAAGGAAAAACAGUUAACAGUUCAUACACUACAGGCUAACAUCAAUAUCUAAGCAGAAUAACUACACAUAAAUAUACAAUAGCGGCACAAUCGCAAACAAUAACAUACAAUAAGAGAGAGAGAGAGAUCGUGGCAGAAUACAGUCAGAGUUUUAGAAUGGUUACAGAGAAUAACUUACACACACUGGGGAAUGAUCGCUGCGCAGUCCUGGUACCAGCUCCAAGUUAGUCAAGAUGAAAACCGUUUGUGGAGAGAAGACUGAGCUGGCCAGGCUGGCUGUCCUUAUAUACACUGCGUACAGUAUACUACAAAGGGACCUAUAAUCUCAUUGUUCAUUGGACACAGGAAUGUCUCCUCACAUCAUAACAAAAGGUCAUAGGUUAGUUUGAACAGGUGGGCUGCGACUAUAUCAAACUGCUCAGGUGGGAGGGAAUCUCAGAAUUCCCGCCGCAUGGAUAAUGAACUGCAAAUAUAGUAAAUGUCCAGAAACUACUAAUAGACCUAACUAUACGCAGGAGCGAUUAAUCUUUACCUAACCAGCACCGGAUUGUUUCUAAUAAAAUGUUCUUUAGUUAGGUACCAAACACAACUGCUCAAACCCUGUCUGACCCUUCGUACCAUGCAAAGAGGAAUUCCUCUGUCCAGCAACCAGUUACAUUAAACAAGCUUACUGUUAUUAUUAAGGGGAACAUUACCUAUAAAACAUACUAUUUGAAUUUAUUAUUUAACGAUUGAGUCGCCCGCUAGACGCACACAAACUCUACCGUAAAGGCACAUACCACGCGCUCGAGCGCAUGGCCGAGGAGGCGCCAUCACGCAGCUGCGACUAUCCGCACGCACGGGAGAGAAUGUGCACGUGCAGCGGGCAAGCGCAUGAGGUGAAUAUAUGGCAACGUGUAGCAUGAUAUUUUUCCGACUUUGAAAGACCAGCCUUUGGCAGUCAUCAAUAACUGCCACUUCCUAACACAAUUUAAAAAAGAAAAAUAUAUGUCAUCAUGUAAAUACCAUUUUAUGAUUGGGUAAAGGGAGGAGAGGAGAAGGUGGGAAAAAGGUAUGACCUAAUGAGAUAGUAGAAGCAUGUGUGUAUGAAUCCAUGUUUGAGGGGUCAUGUAUCAUCGUGCCGUACGUGUUUUAAAUCAAGCUUCGAGGUAUUGCGAAGUAUACAUUUGAAUUCCUUCUUAUCCCGUAUCAAGGGUCUGUGGAUGGGCUGUCAAACUUUACCGAGCUCUUUUCGGCUUUUGAUUGCAACAAAUGGGGAGCACAUUUAGUUGAUGAUACAUGAAUGGGGGGGUAUGUGAGUGCUGAUAUCUGUGUCUAUAUUCCCUAUCGACUAUGUGUUAUUACCUGAAGGUUGUAGAGGUGAAGAUAAGAAGCAAUCGUUAUAAAUGCAGUCGUAAACUAUGUGAGUUUAAACAAACAGUCGCCGAUUGAGGUCUUGUCUGAUAUCUUGUCUUGAUGUACAUGUUGUCUGAUGUCUCUCGAUGCUUUUGCUAUAAAUAGCGAGCAAAAGUUGUUCCAUUGUCCAUAAAGUUACAGUCUCUAAAGUAUUGGGCUAUCGUAAAAGUUAAAGUCACUAGGGAAAUUGGGGGCUUGUAGCAUAGUUCAUCAAUGGUCUGUAUAAAAGAGGUUGUCAAAUUCUUCUUCCAAGCGGAUGUCUUUGUACCUUGGAGGAAAACAAAGGAGAAACGGGUGAAAGAAACAGACCGUGGAAUCACAUUUUCAUCACAACAUUGUCUCUAUCUUUGGGUCAUAAAUCAAAUUAGUUGUUGUUAUUACAGUGUCUUCGCUCCUUAAACUCAUCACCCUGGUAUUACCUUUACACUUCGUUAAAGCCCGGACGCAUCUAAAUAUCAGUCCAACCAAUAUGACGACUCCCAAAAUACACAAAAGAAAUUUCCCUACAUCUAUUAUAAUAUCUUGGGCCCAUUCUCCUAAGCCCGAGAACCAAUUUCGUGGGUUCAACCAUGACUCCCAACUGGUCAGCUCAUUACCCACAGCAGCGAGUGUGAGAUUGUGUUUCCUUCGAAUCUCCCACUUUAAUUGUAAAAUGUCAUCCAUCUUUUGGUCUAUGACCUCGGCUGGGUCCUCCGUGCUGUUUGUAAUGUACGUGCAGCACUUUAUUCCAUAUUGAGUCGCUAGGGUAACACAAUACCCGCCUGUCACAGCUGUGAGGUAAUUGAGAAUCAUCCUAUGCUGAACCAGUUCUGUUUUGUAGGCUUGUAACUCUUUCCCAGUGUACCUGAAUGUAUCGUCAUACAUUUCGGUGAUAUUGUCUAACAAAUUUGCAAGCGCAGAUAUAUAUUUAUAAUUUAUCACUCCUCUGGCGGUACGAGUGAUAUCUAACGCGAGUAGGAAUUGAAUCCCGGUGGAUUCAUGGAUCAGAUCAGAGGCUAAAUGCUCUGUCCUCUCUAUCAGGUGCCGUUUAACGACGUGCUCGUAAUGAGUGUGAGUAUAAGGAGCUUGGGCACUGCGGUGAAUAUCUUUCUUUUUGUUAUGGGUUACAGUCAUUACUUCAGGCAGUACUUUUCCAAUAUAACACAGUCCCUCUGAGUUUGGGGCAAGCCACUUAUACGCCUUCCUCCCGCAUAUGAAAUAUGCAUCAUCGGGGAGAACAUAUGGGACGGAGUAUGACAUUAUCAUGUUACAAAUUUUCCAUGUGAAAUCUCCUAACCCUAACUCUCCCAUCUGUUUAGUACACGUAUCAGGUUGUACGAUAUGUGCACAGUAUCCUGGUGAUACUUCUCCAACUCGCAUGGUCCUACCUCCUAGAGUGUACCUAUACCGGAAAUAUUUUCCAUGGUCGGCUAUCUGGCGUAUAAGUUGCGCGUCUAUGGGCAUUCUGUCGGGUCUGUAUGAAAAGGUCAUGGUUUGAUUACUCCAUGACACUUCCCAAUUUCCCGGCUUUCGGGGAUUGGAAAUGUUAAAGCACACUAAGGACCUAUCCACAUGAUAUUGGUGGAGCUUCAAACUAGGAGGACUAGAGAUAUUAAACCUCUUGUCCACCGGCCUCCCACCACUUAGCUCAAGUACCUCUCCUACAGUUAAAGGGAAUGGUACUAGUCCUGAUUUGCUAUGACCUUGAGGUACUUGAGAGCAUACCCAACAGUCUGUCUGAUUUAACACUUUACCCACUAAGGAGUGAUAGUCACUCAAUGGAUGCCGGUCCAUGUGGACAUUAAAACUGGACUGACAUUUCUUUAUGCACCCAUCCUCAACUAUAUUGUCACAAUGCCUACAGAUGCAGUUCUCUUCAGCUAACAAUCCUUCACAAUUCCUUCUAUUGUCAAUGCUACCAGAUCGUUUUCUGAUACUCGCCUUUACUCGGAGAUUAUGUUGCUCUUGGAAAUUUACGCCUGCAUCCUGGUCAUCAGAACCCAUUCCCGAUCCUUUCUCGACCUCCAUGGUACUCUCACCGAAACAGACUGCUCUGGUCAACAUCAUGGUCAACAGGAAAAUCCGGAUCACAGUCUCUUGGGGCAAGUCCAUCUUAGAGGAGUAAAAGGAGAAAAUGAGAAGGGGGAAAGGAAAUUUGAGGGAGGUGGGAACUGGAGAAAAUAACAAAUGGGAAAAAGAAAUCUGGCUCGACAAGCUUCCGGUCUUAUUAUUCUCAGCGCUCAGGUGUCAUCUCAAUCCUCCCUGAACAGACACUCUAGUGAUACAACCUCUACCGUCUGUUCUUUAUCACGGGACCUCUCUGGGUCAGUGACCUUUUUACAAUGAGACGAAUGGACCCAAGUCUCUCUCUCGGCAACCUUCAAUGCUGUUGUGCUGGUCAAUAAGACUUGAUAUGGUCCUUCCCAUCUGUCAAUAAGGCAACCUGAGCGUAGAAAAUUCUGUAUCAUUACAUAAUCCCCAGGUUCAAUGUCAUGACAAUUACUGUCUGGCAUAUCAGGAAUCACCAACUUUAGAUUAUCAUUCUGAUUCCUCAAUUGCUUACUCAUCUAACCAAGUACUUUACGGUUACUUCAUUUUUACAUUUCAAAUCAUCCUGGGGGUUAAUCAUAACAUGGGGUUGUCGACCAAACAGAAUUUCAAAAGGAGACAGAUUAAGAGGGGACCUGGGAGUGGUUCUGAUGCUGUAUAAUACGAUUGGCAAAGCUUCAGGCCAUAACAGUCCUGUUUCAGUCAUUACCUUGCUCAAUUUAUUUUUAAUAGUGCUGUUUACUCUUUCCACCUUCGCACUCGCCUGGGGGCGGUACGGAGUGUGCAGCUUACUAUUAAUUCCCAUCAACUUACACAUUGUUUGAAAGACUUCACCUGUAAAAUGGGUACCCCUAUCACUUUCAAUGAUUCUAGGGAUACCAUACCUACACACAAAUUCCUGCACAAUUUUCUUUGCAGUAAAUACAGCGGUAUUUGUGGCCGCGGGAAAUGCUUCAACCCAAUUUGAGAACACAUCAAUACAGACCAAUACCUAUUUUAAAUUUCUACAAGGUGGCAAUUGUAUGAAAUCAAUUUGUAUUACCUGGAAAGGACCAUAUGUCGGAGGGAUAUGGGAUGGCUCUGUCGGUAUUGCCUUUCCGAUAUUCUUCCUCAAGCAGGUGAGACGUGUCAUCGCUCUUUUACCCGCAUGGGAAGAAAAUCCUGGGGCGCACCAAUAAGCUCUUACCAACUUACACAUUCCUUCUUUGCCUAGAUGAGUCAGCCCAUGUGCCACUUCCGCUAGACUUGGAAGGUAUGCUCUGGGUGCCACUGGCUUACCCUGUCCGUCUGUCCAGAGUCCUGAGGACUCCUGGCCAUAUCCUUUUGACCUCCAGACUGCCUUUUCCUGUGGGGAACACAAAUUUUGCAUUUCACACAAUUUCUGUGUGUUUACAGUAUUAAAUACCAUCAGUUGUGUACUGUCUGUUUGUAUGGGGUUAAUAGCUGCUGAUUUAGCAGCUUCGUCUGCUCGGCUGUUACCAAGUGAUACCGGGUCUUGGCUAUAUGUGUGAGCUUUACACUUGAUAACAGCCACUCUGUCGGGUUCCUGUAUCGCUGUUAGAAGUCUUUUGAUGUGGGCUGCAUGCGCUACGGGUGUGCCAGCUGCCGUCAUGAAAUUUCUGAGGCGCCAUAGGGCCCCGAAAUCAUGGACUACUCCGAAGGCGUACCUAGAAUCUGUGUAAAUAUUGGCUGAUUUGCCCUUAGCCAAUUCACAUGCUCUGGUUAGGGCAACCAGUUCAGCAACUUGUGCUGAGUGUGGUAGGCCUAGCGGUUCCGCUUCUAUGAUACCUUGGUCAUCUACGACUGCGUAUCCAGUACACAAGUCUCCCGAGUCCGUCUGUCUGUGACAACUACCGUCAGUGUAGAAAGUAAAAUCUACAUCUUCCAGUGGGUUGUCACUGAUGUCAGGCCUUGCCGUGAAAUUUUGGGUCAAAUAUUCCAUACAAUCUUGCGUGUCAUCCCCUGUAUUAAAUCCUCCUUCACCAUCACUCUCAUCCUCCACCCUUUGUGCCUGCCCAGGCACACCUGGGAGAUACGUUGCAGGAUUUAAUGCGCUGCAUCUUCUUAUGGUGAUGUUUAUGGGGGCCAUCAAUGCCAAUUCCCAUCUUGUAAACCGUGCUGAUGAGACGUGUCUGGUUUGGGCCGAAUUCAGUAAAGCUGACACUGCAUGUGGUGUAUGAAUUGUGAGGUUGUGUCCUAGCACUACAUCUUCGCUCUUUCUGACUAGCAAUGCUAUUGCUGCAACGCUUCGCAAGCAUGUGGGGAGGGAUCGCGCUACCGUGUCUAGCUGGGCGCUAUAGUAGGCUACCGGCCUGCUGGCAUCACCAUGCUUCUGGGUUAAGACACCUGCUGCGCACCCAGCACUCUCUGUUCUGUACAGCUCAAAGGGUUUCCCAUAGUCAGGCAUACCUAAUGCCGGUGCCUGCGUUAGGCACUGUUUGAGUCUCUCAAAUGCCAUCUCAGACUCGUCUGUGUGCGAAAUCCGAUCAGGUUUGCUUGAUGAGACCAUCUCCUGCAAAGGUAGGGCUAGUAUGGAAAAACCUGGGAUCCAGUUACGGCAAUACCCACACAUUCCUAAAAAUGUUCUUAUCUGUUGCUGGGUUUGUGGCAGGGUCAUGUCACGAAUUGCUUGAAUUCUAUCAGCGGUAAGGUGUCUCAGUCCUUGUGUUAGACAGUGUCCCAAAUACUUCACACGGGUCUGGCAUAACUGUAACUUGUCCUUGGAAACCUUGUGUCCUGUGUCUGAAAGAUGAAACAGGAGUUGUUUCGUAUCUCUCAGGGACGCUUCCAGUGAAUCUGAACACAGCAGUAAAUCAUCCACAUACUGUAUCAAUAUUGAUCCACUCUCUGGUUGGAAAGACUGUAAACAAUCAUGCAGGGCCUGUGAGAAAAUACUUGGACUGUCUAUGAAACCUUGUGGUAAUCGAGUCCAAGUGUACUGAACUCCUCUGUAUGUAAAUGCGAAUAAGUAUUGACUGUCAGGGUGCAGAGGUACCGAGAAGAAGGCGGAGCAGAGGUCAAUCACAGUAAAAAAUUUGGCAGUGGGAGGGAUUUGCAUAAGGAUGACAGCUGGAUUUGGCACUACGGGGAAUUGACUCUCAACUAUUUUGUUGAUCCCUCUUAGAUCCUGCACUAAUCUGUAACCCCUCCCCCCCACUCUUUUUAACAGGGAAGAUGGGACUAUUGGCAGUGCUGGACGUUCUUACCAGAAUGCCCUGUUGUAACAAGCGCUCUAUUACAGGAUAAACUCCUAACUCCACCUCUGGCUUCAGGGGGUAUUGUGGGAUUUUUGGAGCUAUCCUACCAUCUUUUACUUGCACAACUACUGGGGCUACGUUUGCCAUCAAUCCAGUGUCUUGUCCAUCCUUGGUCCAAAGUGAUUCCGGUAUCUGGGAAAUAAUUUCCUCUACCUUGGACGGACACCUAUUUACAACAACAGUGUGUGACAUUAAUCUUGUUGGGGAGUCUAGCAUAUCCUGCGCUUCCUGAGCGUGGUUUUCGGGUAUGUCCAAGAACACACCUUCAGGAGUACAGUAUAUGACGCAUCCCAUUUUGCACAGUAAAUCUCUCCCUAGGAGAUUAGUCAGAGCCGAUGCAGCCAGCAGAAAAGAAUGCUUGGUAUGCAAAGGCCCUAUCGUAAUCUCUGCAGGUUUGCUUAAAGGGUAGUGCUGUACUACUCCUGUUACUCCCAUGGCUGGAAUUGUUUUACCAGUGGUUCUCAUGCCCACGGUCGAAUUUAUCACUGACUUGGCCGCCCCCGUAUCUACAAGGAAAUUUAGAGAUUUACCAACUACAUCAAUUGUGACCUCGGGUUCACUUCCAAGGCUCGCAAUUAAUUUUACUGGCAGCAGAUUACAGGUGUGGCCCCACCCCUAUGGUGCGUGGUGACCUCCCUGCAUUGCGCUGGCAGCUAUUACCUGUGAAGGGGGUAAAUGGGAACUAUCAGUGACUUGCCAGUCUCUUUUUGGGGGAUACCUUUUUGUUUCCCCGGCGUGUGGCUCAUAACUCCGUCUCUGCGGUCCUUGAUCCCAAUUUUGUGUGUCAUGUCGUUGUCUAGGGGGUUGAUAUGAUUUUUGUGCAUUUUUCGAUCUACAGUCUCGUGCAAAAUGUCCCUCUUUAUGACAGUAAUAACAAGUUACCACAUUUGACUUACCCACAGGGGUCGGAGACUUAUACUGAGGUGGCCUUGUGGUCAGGGCCUGUAUACUUACGGCCAUUAACUUAUCACUUUGUGACUACCUGUGUCUGGUGAUAUUCCGAUCAUGAUCAAUAGCGGCCUCUCUCAAAGUAGCCACCGACAGACCUCGCCAACAUGGUUGGGUGGUCUGUACCCUCGUCCUCAAUACUUCCUUUAAACCAUCCAUUAACACAGAUACUGCUACUUCUCUAUGAUUCACAUUUGUCUUAAUGUCUUUUAUGCCUGUAUACUUAGCCAUUUCCUGUAGUGCCCGAUGAAAAUAAUCAGCAGCUGUUUCUCCCUCUUUUUGUUUGAUGGAGAAAAUUUUGUUCCAUUUGGCAACAGCUGGGAAAUACUCUUUUAACUGUAAAUUUAUUCUCUUUACAUUAUUUUGGUUGUACACAUCCGUAAGGGGUACCUCUUCAUCUAAUUUACAGUCAGCUAUAAAUCUCGCUGAGUCGACAUUGAAGGGUAAACAUGCCCUCAGCAAUAUCUGCCAGUCUUUGUUAUUGGGCUCCACAGUAUUUCCUAGCUCUCUAAUGUAUUUCUGGCUUGCAACUAGAUCUUUCCUAGGAUCAGGGAAUUCAGACACCAUUGAUCUUAAUUCCAUUCGGGAAAAGGGGCAGUGCACGGCGAUGUGUCUGACAGGAGUGACUCCUGAAGUGUCAGUUUUCCCAUUUGGCACUGCAAUUACCCUAAUGGGAUUAAGUUCAAUAACAUCAUUCUGAGUAGAUUCUACAACAUGUGGUGUAAUGGUUUCAGCAUAGUGUAUGGUGCCGUACUUACCAGUUGAUACGACCUCACCUGUCCCUCCACUAGGGGCCUUUGAUACUGCUCUUACUGGUUGGGACGUGCCCACUGUUGUUUCUGCUAUGGUGGCUGCUAGAGAGAGUGCCGAUAUUGUUGUUGGCUCAUCCUCUUGGUCACAAUCCUGGGGAAAGUUUAAAACAGGGUACAGCUUGCACGGGUUAAUAUUAGCAUCAACAAUCUUGGUUACAUUAUUCUUAACAUUUAUACAGUUACUAAGUGCAUGUUUAUCAUACACCAGUGUGCCAUUCUCUGUAACCACCUUCUCUCCCGUUAUGUAUGGUGGUGGUGGAGCGGUGGCUAUCAGUUUCCUGAUAGGGUUAGAUCCAGCCGCUUGAGCCAAUCCUCUUUGUAUUUCACCUUCCUGUUGCCAUAACUGUAAAUAAUCAUAAUGUUUGAUCCGUCUCUUUGCAGAUUUAAUGAGACAUAUCCUUCUCCUUAGAUUUUGUAACACCGCGGGACUAAAACUGCCUACCCGUGGGAACUUUUCCCCAUCAUACACAGUCAUUCUUUCCCAUUCAUCGCACAAAACCUCUGUGUGUUAACCGUAUUUCUCACACGACAUACCUUUCCGACCCGAUUGGUCGGUUUACUAAGUCAACCCGAACCGAGGUUGAUCGCCCCUUACCUGAACAACUGGCCCCCAUCUUUGCAGGUGUUGCUUUCACUACCUCUGACCUUCAAAUCAGGGUCUUCAGCGAACCCUUACAAAAACCAAGAUGUCCAGGGUAGGCCGGCGGCGGAAGUUUACCGAGUACCUCCACUCACUCGCCCACGUCGACCAAUAUGCCCACACACUGCCUUAGCGCUGGCGUACUCAACCUAGGGCCCCUGCGACCUGAACCUCUAUUUACUGGAACAUGUGGGUGUGAUCCGAAGAGCACUUAACCCUUCCCAGUAACUAUUGGUUGUUAGAGAAUUCCCGAGUGACCAGCGAACCUCCCUUAAAAUAAAAAAAUUACACAAAUCACGUUAGAAUGUACAAAUAGCGUUUAUGACCCCUCUAACGUACGCAAAUGGUACUGGGUCAAGUUACUAACUAAUGCACACAAUUAUGUGCGGUACAAUCGUUCUGCACAUAAGCAACUAAUCUUAUGUGCGGAGCGACCAGUGGAAUCGAAAAUUGUGGCUACGAAUUCCUUCAGCCAGAGCUUAAUGGCCUAUAUGGGUACCGCACCAACCCUUCCUGGUGUUGUGCUUCUUUAUCUCUUUAUCUAUAGCGGACUUCCUAGUCUGCUGUACCUAGACCUCCUGGUCUGUCUGGACCUCCUGGUCUGUGCUACAGUAGACCUCCUGGUCUGCUAUACUCUAAUGCUCUUAUUUUAAAUGUUUAACAAGGGAUGCCUCCCAAGCCACCGUGCCGUCACUUACACGUAUGUACCUCACGAGAACUCGAUGAUUUCCUGUGGUUCCACCCCAAAAUUUAGAAACUUAUAUAUAUGUAUACACACUCUUUCACCUCAUAUACUCUUUACUUUCGUUUCUGCGCAGAAAUCCCUUUCAUUCAGUAUCGCAGGCUAUUCCCGAGGAGUUGCAACUAGAGAAGGAUCUAUUAGCUUAAAAUUUUGGACACUGAGAUUGAUUUGCGCUAUUAUCGCGUUGCCUCCUUAUCGCCUAACUAAAACAAUACUAUCGUGUGAUUUGUAUCACGUGGGCGUACCCAGAUGCUCCGUUGCGUAAUAUACGCUCCGUGCAUUGGCCCUUGCGUCGCGUACGCUAGUCCCGCCCUUUGUUAGAGACACAUGUACGCAAGCCAGGUAUAUCCACAGAAAUACAAUUAACACGUUUAUAUCAAUGUAGAUGAUCUUUAACUGUAAUCAUUUACUGAACACCACACAGAACUUCCUUGUAUCUUAGGCAAGCCGUGCGCGUGUUUUACAAAUUACUCUUUAACGUAUUAAUUUUACUUUUAACUACCAAUAGCAGCAAAUCUUUCUCAGCACGUUAUCAAUGAUAAAUGGCAAGCAGGAAGGUGAGGUGUGAAAAUACACAAAUGGAAAAAGAAAUACAGGUGUGUGCGUGCGUGCGUGUGUGCGUACGCAAAACAGAAAUAAACAGUUUUAAAAGACAAUAGCGUACUGUUCUUACCUUCCGGUUCCGGAUUCCACCAACACUCCUACAACGUAGCGAUGCAGACGCUUAUCUAGUCAGCACUACUGUAUCCCUCACCACCAAUACGGAUACGAAGGGAUACUGCCUUCCCGCCCUUGCUGACAGAUAAAGUCUGUGUUCGCUAGUGCGGAUAUGUGGAGGACGGACGAGCCCCCAAUUGAUAAAGCUAACUAUUUAUCUUAUAACAUUCACUAUAAAUGGGUAAGAGACUCAGUACGCAAUUGGCGUAUGGGGUACCGUAAGGGUACGUACUUAGCGUAGCAGACGCUUAUCCGUGGUCGAGACGCACAUGCGACACGCUCGCUCACAGCUUAACGCUUGGUGACGAGCACGCUAUAGGCGGCCGACUACCGUAAUGCUACGCUACUAGCAUAGCGUAUGCUCGUGACCACGAGGGGAACACGAGCGGCGCAGACGCUCACGGGAUGACACUCAGUAAACCUUGUAUGCAACACAGUGAAAAAUUGAGUUUGUACUGUAAACCUUACUACUGAAAUACUGUAGCGAUAUAACGCUGCUUAACCUUGUUAAUACUAAAGCGAACAAUAACAUACAAUGAGAGAGAGAGAUCAUGGCAGAAUACAGUCAGAGUUUUAGAAUGGUUACAGAGAAUAACUUACACACACUGGGGAAUGAUCGCUGCGCAGUCCUGGUACCAGCUCCGAGUUAGUCAAGAUGAAAACCAUUUGUGGAGAGAAGACUGAGCUGGCCAGGCUGGCUGUCCUUAUAUACACUGCGUACAGUAUACUACAAAGGGACCUAUAAUCUCAUUGUUCAUUGGACACAGGAAUGUCUCCUUGCAUCAUAACAAAAGGUCAUAGGUUAGUUUGAACAGGUGGGCUGUGACUAUAUCAAACUGCUCAGGUGGGAGGGAAUCUCAGAAUUCCCGCCGCAUGGAUAAUGAACUGCAAAUAUAGUAAAUGUCCAGAAACUACUAAUAGACAUAACUAUACGCAGGAGCGAUUAAUCUUUACCUAACCAGCACCGGAUUGUUUCUAAUAAAAUGUUCUUUAGUUAGGUACCAAACACAACUGCUCAAACCCUGUCUGACCCUUCAUACCAUGCAAAGAGGAAUUCCUCUGUCCAGCAACCAGUUACAUUAAACAAACUUACUGUUAUUAUUAAGGGGAACAUUACCUAUAAAACAUACUAUUUGAAUUUAUUAUUUAACGAUUGAGUCGCCCGCUAGACACACACAAACUCUACCGUAAAUGCACAUACCACGCGCUCGAGCGCAUGGCCGAGGAGGCGCCAUCACGCAGCUGCGACUAUCCGCACGCACGGGAGAGAAUGUGCACGUGCAGCGGGCAAGCGCAUGAGGUGAAUAUAUGGCAACGUGUAGCAUGAUAUUUUUCCGACUUUGACAUUGGAGACGGCAGACAGAGCAGGAUGGGACAGACAGGCACAGCAGUCAGCGCAGGCCGGGACAGACACUCAGCACAUUCACUCCUGUGCAAGAAAUGGCCGCCACAAUACACGCAUGCCUCCAAAAAUCUCAGCUGGGGCGGUUGGGGCUGGAAAGGAUCUGCUUCCUCCCUCCAAAAUCUGGUAGCCAGGCAGCAAAAUCUAGGGGCCAUGGCUACCUGGCCCCUGGGAUUUGUCGAGCCGUGGUAUAAUAGGUAUGUGAGGGAAAACUUUAUUGUAUUGGUAAAUACAUUUGUGUUAUGCCGGGAAAAUGGGGUCCGUUAAUUGACCAUUAUUUUUUCCUAAAUGCUGAGCAAGUGUGCUAUUAAUGAUUAAGUCAUCGUAGUCCAUACAUUUUACUGUAAUGUUCUAAUGGCAGUACAUUUGCACCAUACAAUCACCUAUCUUAAUUCACAUUAAGCGUAAACAUUUCAGAUGUGCACCUGGAUAAAUCAUAUUGCAUUGUAAAGGAUGCAAAUGCAAAUUCUUUUUUUUUUUCGCAUGCAGGGAAAAUAUCACCUGUAAUACGAAUAAUAAUUAGUUUUAUUUAUACACUGCAAUUUAGAGUUGAGCUAUAAUAGGAUGCGCUAAACUCUAAAUCUGUCUGCACAUUUUAAAUUUGCACUUACAUAAUUAGAACAUACACAGUGGCUUGCCGGGACAAUACAUUGACCCUUAACCCUCGGAGACAGAUAUUUGUUACAUUUCAACAAUAUUUUCUUAAAUCGGCUUGCUUGAGUCUUCAUUAAUAAAUGAAGAAUCAAGUAGGGUUGAGGUUACCAAACGGAAAAAUAAAGGGGCAGACUAGAUGGGCCAAGUGCCGUCAAAUUCUAUGUCUCUGAACAGGCCAUUAAUACUGAGGAAUGGUUUGUCUUUGUACGAAAUUUAUGAAAUGCAGGGCCAUGAAUUUUGAUUAAACCCACACAAUGACUGCAGGGCUUCCAAAACAUCAAAUGGACCCAGGAGCCAGAGGAGGGCGUGGUCAAUCAUGAGGCAUGGCCAAGCCCCGCCCAACAUGUUGUGCAUUGCUUAGAAUUUAUGUGCUGAAAUUUGGGCACUCUACCACUCUGACUGACGCAGGCCCCUGUACCCGCCCCACCCCCUCUUGGUGCCCCUGAAUGCUUGCCUAGACUACAUGAUGGCUACAGGUGCAUGAAAGUAUAAUAAAAUGUCUGUGCUUGUAUGUACCAAAUGUUGCUAAUUAUAUAAUUACGUAUAAACAAAAACAUAUUUAUUCAGUGUUGUUAUAUCAGUAAUUUAUAUUCUAUGCAAAUUAGCACUUGUUGCCUCAUGAUUGGUUUAAAUACUAGAAAUAUUUGUACAGUACUUUCCUUUACAAUGUGUUGGUUACUGUAAUAUAACCAAAGGGAAUACUGAACAGACAACACACAGAUAAGGGGAUGCAUUAGACCUAAUAGACACUUUGUUGAAGUAUUAUCUUUCCUAAGAAACAAACUAACCUUACACCACAGUACUAAUAACUAGUCAGAGAUUACCUGGCCACCCCGCAUGUAUCUACUGCUGUUUUUGUCUAUCGUGAUUCAUAUUUAAUGUAUUUCCAAACACCUGUCGUAAAAUCUAUAUUAAUAAAGUAGAUAUGAUUUUUCAUUCUGAA